AUGAGAAAGACUGUCUUUGCUGGUGUUUUUAUCUUUUCCUGUCUCUUAGGUGAUGUCGGAGGUGUGAUUUGUAGGUUAUGCAAUCUCUCCAUCCCCUUCCACGGAUGUCUUUUAGACUUUGGGACCUGCAGGACAAAGCCUGGUCAGUUCUGUAAAGUGGAAGCGCACACUAAAGGUGGCAUUCAAUGGUAUACAACUAAAGGCUGUACAGAGAGUAUAUCAGAAUGCUUCAAGUUACAAUUAAAGAAGCAGAACUUGUCACAACCUUUGGACCUUUUGGCAACCUUCGACCUUUGCACGGCCUCUGGUUUGAGGUCAGAAACGGACUUUGGAAUUCAAAACAUUCACCUCCUCUCCCACUACUUACAACUUAAUACAGAAACCUCCCGUUCGGUGCCAUCUCGCCCUCUCCUCCUCCUGCCUCCUUUCCCUUCUGCUGCCGAUGAUUUCAAGAAAUGA